AUGAAGGCAUCAAUCCUAACGGCCCUCACUUUGGCCGCUUGCUCCUUCGCGAGCCCCGUCGGCCAGCUUCAUGCUCGCGACGGCGAAUGCACCUGCCAGCCCAAUGGUGGUUCGAGCUCUGGCUCUGGCUCUGGCUCUGGCUCUGGCCCUUAUCCCGGCUCUGGCUCUGGCUCUGCUCCUGGCUCUGGGUCUUAUCCCGGCUCUGGCUCUGGCUCUGCCCCCGGUUCUGGCUCCUAUCCUGGCUCGGGAUCGGGAUCUGGCUCCUACCCUGGCUCUGGCUCUGGCUCCGGCGCUGCUCCCAGCUCUGGCUCUACUGCUCCUGGAUCUGGGUCUUACCCCGGCUCAGGAGCUGCUCCCAGCUCUGGUGCUGGCUCUGCUCCUGGCACUGGCUCCGGUUCCGCACCUGGCACCGGCUCUGGUUCUUAUCCCGGCUCAGGUGCAGGCUCUUACCCUGGCUCCGGCUCUGGUUCGCGUCCUCAGCCCUCCCAGGUGUCGACCUACCCUGCUUCUCAGGUCCCAACGCUGCCUGGCUACCAGCCCCAGCCUACGAUUACAUUGACGACGACUGUUCCCGUCACUGCCUCCCCCGGCUCCCCUGAGUGCACUACAACUGCUCCCGCUGCUCCUGCUGGUCAGCCUUCUGGCCAAUCCUCUGGCCAACCCGCUGGCCCCGGUGCUCCUACCGGUCCAGCCGGCCAAUCCCCUAGCCCUGCUGCUCCCGCUGGUCCUACCGGUCCUGCUGGACAGCCAUCUGGUCCUUCUACACCUGCUUCCCAGCCUUCCGGCCCCGCUGGUCAGCCCUCUGGCCCUGCCGGCCCAUCUGGACCGGCCAACUCUGGCUACCCUGGCAACCCUAGCCCCUCGUCCCCGUGGGGUGCACCCACCUCUUCGGUUCCCGCUGGAUCUCCCUCUCAGACUCCCUCAUGUGAAAACGGCCACUGCCACGGCACCGGCCAUCUCCUUCAGGAUCUGGGCGUUCAGGCGGAUCACCUUCUGACCGUUGUUGGUAAUGGCACCGAACAGCUGCUCGUCCAGCUCAGCAAGCCCGUUGCGGACGUUCUUUCCAGCCUGGGCCUGACCGGCCUUGCUAAGCCCGUGGGCCACAUCAUCAAGGAUGCCGGCAGCAUUGGCGAGCUGGUCACGGAUCUGGGCGCCCCCGUCGAGCAGCUUCUGGUCGUCACCGGCAAGGACACUGGCUAUCUCUUGAUUCAACUGGACCAGGAUGUCAAGGGCCUCCUCGACGGCAUUGGCCUCGACGCCUUGGGUGAGCCCGUUGGUGACCUGCUGGGUGCCAUUGGCAGUAGCUUGAAGCGUCGCCAGAACUGGGACUACAACCCUGACGCCAAAAAUCCCAACGGACUCCUCGAGAAGCUGGGACCAGUGAUUGACUGCAUCUUGGUGAUUACCGGCGAGGACGCCAAGGACCUUAUCGUUAAGCUGAGCAAGCCCGUGGCUGAGCUGUUCGAGAAACUGGGACUGACUGGCCUGGGCAAGAGCGUUGGCAAGGUCAUCAAGACGGUCGGCGAUGCGGGCGACUUGGUUGCGGAUCUGGGUCCGGUCAGCGAGAGUUUGCUGACGGUAGUUGGCGAUGGUGGCAGCAAGCUGGUGGUCCAGUUGGCUCCUGAUGUUGCGGACUUGGUGAAGGGCCUGGGACUCCCCAAACUUGGUGAUGCCGUGGGUGAAGUUCUCGGAGCUGUGGGUGAGAACUUUGUAAUUGUUAAUGAUACCUAA